CCUUUCCACUUACGACUAUGAAGGCAAGAGUCUUUGAGUUUUUUGGAAAGCUGAUGAUAGAUGUUUGUACUUCCUUGUACUGUUAGAAGGAAAAGUGCCAAGGCAGGGGCAAAGCAAAUACACAAUGGAGUUAGGUCUGGUGCUGAGGUUAUUAUUGAUAGGAAUACUCAUCUCUGAAACAUGGACCCAAGUGGCAUCAGGACUCAUGAGUUCAGAGUGCUUGAAGAACUUUUUGCAUUUAACCCUGAGCAUGGAACACUUUAAGGAUAAAUAUUUAUCUUUUUCUGCUGUUGAUCAAUUUGGCACGGCCUGGGAGCUGGAUGAGGCCCUGGCAUCACAGUGUGGCUACACAAUAACUUACAGCAGCAGGAAUAGCAUUGUGUUUCGUGCUUCUGCACUAAGUUGUCAUUCUCAUGUGGAGAAAGGUGUAUUCACAGUAACUGUACAAAUCAAAGUGUCCCAUGCUCCUGAUAUGAAAAAUGCUACAACUCAUCUGAAAAGUGCAAGUUGCCCUUAUGUCUUGUGGAGUCCAAGAGAGUUAGUAUGUGAAACCAACUACAUGGAGGUUUCUGUCAGGAGGGAUGUUCCACAGACUGAGGAGGAUUUCAUUUUGAGUGAACCUGAAGAUUGGAUUCUUUCUUUUCCCAAGGCCAAAGCAGGGGAAGCCUCAAUAUGGCAGAUAGUGUUUCAUCAGCCAGAGGAAAAAAGAGCUCUGCUUGUGAGUGAUGCUUGGAGUGCUGGCUAUGGACUCAACACCACCGAAACCAGAAUUCUGCUGCGAGUGCCAUAUAAUGCUGCACAAAUUCAGCUGGUCAAGGCUCAGGGAAUUACCUUUUCUGCAGUGACAUCAAGUACGUUUUACAAACAGCAGUGGAUGAUCUUGAUGGUGGAUACUGCUGUGGCAUGUCCAGUAGAUGGUGUGAAUUACACUAACAAAACAAUCAUCUGGACUGUUCCAAAAUACUUUCAAGCACUCUGUGCUGGUGCAACUGGCUUUAAGGAUGUGCUUGUUGAAGUUGGUGUGAAUCUACGCAAACUCUCUGCCAAAGAAAUGGCCUCCAGGAAGUAUGUGUUAUCUAAUGACUUAAAUACAAUUACAAUGAAGAUACCAAUAGGUGCAGAAGGUGGCUCUUACAAGACUUCUGUGAGCAGUGGACGGCAUGGGGCAAAAUACUCCAUCAGCCUGUUCUUGGAACACCAGUGGGAGGAUAACAAAUGGGGUCUAACCAAGUAUACCAUCAUCAAGGAAAUAGAAACACCAUUUGAACAAGCAGAACUUGCUGUAACUAACAACUCAAAUCUGAGUGCAAGGCUAAUGAAUGUUACAGUGGGAAUGUUUCUUAUGGAUGUGGAGCUUGUGAACUUGACUGUUGAGGGGACAACUGUAACUGUACCUGAAGCUAUUCAGCAUGGAUAUUUAACAUAUGAGAUUCAAUAUGCUAAUGGAAGCAAAGUCUAUGUAGUACAAGUGCCGUUUGAUGCACCAGGCAUUAAGAAAGAGUACAUAAGCGGUGACACAAGACAAUACACACUCAAUGUCACACUGAAGUUCAUCAUCCUUCCAACAAGUGAUACCUUUGCUGUCCCCAUCAUAACAGUGUCUGCUGUUAAAGAUGCUGUUCUACCCAGUGCAAGGGGAUUUUGUGAUGAGAAUGACUUUCAUCUCAUUAUCGCUCGUGGGAAUGUGGACCAAAACUGGCUGCCCUUCAUCUCAGAUCAGCACCUGAUGCCAGAGGCUGCCCAGAAAUACUACUAUAGCCUAAGUGACAAUGGCACUCACUGGGCUGUCUCUGUCCCUUUCCUUUCCUCCCUUGUGGACUAUAAGGAUAUUCAUAUUUCUGGAGUAAUGGCUUCACUCCACUUAACCUUGAAGGAUGGCAUCACCUUGGCUAAUAGGAAGGACUUCUCGAUUUCCUGCAGAUUUCCACCUUCGGAGCUAAUACAGUGUCUUCCCAAUGGCACUGUGGUAAUUACUGCGCUAAAAUUAGUGAGACUUGCAGAUCUGGACACAAGCCUGCUCGUCUUAAGAGACAGACAAUGCAAACCCAGUCUAGUGACAAAGAAGACUGCAACCUUUAAAUUCAAUGUGAAUACAUGUGGAACAAGUAGAAAGUUCAACAGCACAUCUAUAACAUAUGAAAAUGAUGUACUCUAUUUUAGACGUGGAAAUGAUAUACCAGUAUACCAAUUAAAGUUUGUAUGUGUUUACACAAUCAAGCGCUCAGCUGAUGUCCAGUAUGAAACUAAGAAGAACCUGCCAUCCAGUAUUAAGCCAGGUUUUGGCUCUCUUGAUCUCUCGCUGAAGCUUUUUAAAGAGAAAUCCUAUUCUGAGCCCUAUCAGGAACUGGAGUAUCCUGUGGUAAAAUACCUGAGGGAAGCACUGUACUUCGAAGUUGAACUGCUCCAGCCUGCAGACCCAAGACUGGAACUAAACUUAGAAGACUGUUGGGCUACCAACUCCCAAAGCCAGGACAGUCUUCCACAAUGGCCAAUCCUCAUAAAUGGGUGUGAAAAUAGUGAAGAAUCUUACAGAACAGUCUUUCACAAAGUUAAUUACAGCCAUAGAGUAAAAUUUCCUCAGCACUUGAAGAGAUUUGAAGUGACAAUGUUCACCUUUGUACAAGGCACAACUCCAUUACAAAUGCAGUUAUAUUUCCACUGCAGUGUUGUGAUCUGCAGCACUACACCACUGCCUUCAGAUGUGAUUUGUCAGAGGAGAUGCAAUCCUGGGAAACAUCGACUUGACCGCAGUGCAGAAGCACAUCCACAGGGACAAGUGUCAUCUGGAGCAGUGCUUAUUAGAAAGGAAAACACAGCCAGCAAAGAUUUCUGAUGGACUAAACAAGAACUGUUUAGUUCUAUGAAGCUGCACUUAAGUGUUAAGUGGCCUAAGCAAGCAGUCUGCCCAGACUUACAAGGAAGGACAUCUUAAAAAUAUCUACCAGGAAAAUACAUUCUCAGUGCCUACUGAGACAAAGGGUCAGCUAAACAAACAUAAAUGUAAUCUCUUAGUAAAUGUCAUUGUGUUCCUCUUUGUGUUUCUCUAGAGCUUUGAAGUUGUAUUUUUUUGUAUGACUUGCAUCUGACUUAGUCUUACCACCAGGCACUUCUGACUCUUCUAGUCAUAUGGCAAUUGUAAACAUCUGUUCCAUAGUAGAGGGAAGAUGGUAGCAGCAGGCAUCAAAUCAGUCACCUGGGGUGGUUUGUUUUUAAAGAUUUAAGAUGAAUAAAGUGUUGCAGGGAACUUUGAUAUCAGUAAGCCUUUCUGAAGCAAGGUGGGCAUGAACACAUUUGAUUCUGUAGGGGCAACUGACGGAAAAUCUGUAGGCUUUGGAUCUCACUGGAGGGCUGUGGCUCUGCAAUGUCAAGUUGCCUCCCUUGAGGUAGAGAGAAAUCAGUCACAGGUAGCACCAGUAAUUCUGUAAACAGCCACUCUAGAGGAAAAUAGGCUUUUAGUGGAGACUUGAUGACAACUAUUAUUAAACAAUUAUUACUAAACUCUACCUAAGUGUUGAGGAUUCUUCCUUACUAGAAAGAGUUCCUGUCAGAUGAUGAUGUCCUCCUUUUUUUUAGUGGAAGGAAAAAUGUCUUUUUUCCUCUGCAUCUGAACAGAGCUAUGAAAACUGUUCAGAUUCAGUACUGUAUUUUCCUGUUGUAAGGAAAGCUAUUGCUUGGCAUGAAUCAUUAUUGCUUAGGGCUGAAGCUACAACAAUGGGUAUAAAAUGCUGUUUGCUUUUUAACUUUAUUAAAUGGAAUUCUACUAUAGGGGAUUUCUGUGAAAGCCACCUUGAGCAAGAAACUAUUUCAUGAAUCUGUUUGUACCUUGUGAAGAAAAUGUGUAAAUGAUUUGUAGCUCUGUUGUAAUACCUCUAUAGUGGUCUCAUUAAACCAGUUUGUGCUAUAACUUAAAGCUCACAUUUGUAAAUCUUGUCAGUUUCCUGUUAAUUUUAUCGGUAGAUGAUAGAUUUUUUUUUGCUAGGAAGGACAAUAAAAGAUGUGUAGGCUUCCUGAUGAACAACAUGUGAAGUGCCUUAAGGCUGUUUUCCAAUGGAGAUGGCUACAAAGGAGUCUUACUACUGCUUACUUACAACUUACUGCUGUGCUAGAUGAAUGAUACUGAAAUGUGCAUCUUGUUCUUCAGUAAGGGAAUAAAAGGAAAGGCAAAACAAGC